AUGCAGCGGUACGGGUGCCAAGACUUCGUCGAGGAGAUUGCUCAUCUCCAGAAGCUGGCCGAGAUGCUGCCAGACUCACCAGUCACCGAGAGCAUGGCCAACACCUUCAUGGCUAAGAUCCAGGGAUUCCAGUCCUGGUCCUCGGAGAGCAUCUGCCAAAUGCUUGCCAAGGCCGGCGAAGCUUCCAAACUGCCAGAGGCCAUGAAAGCAAAGAUUCUGGACACCAUCCAGAAUUUGUCCAUGAACACCGGCUCCCAGCUCAAGUUGGUGAACACUGGCCAGUCCGUCCAGCGGCUGUGUCCAUACUUGACCAGGCCAGACUGGGUCGCUUUGUCCACCCUCACGAGCCAAACGGACCAGCUGGAGCUCUUAGCCAAAAGACUCCGAGCCAUGGGACUGCAUUCUUUAAAAGAAUGCACCAAGGGCCAAGCGGUCGCCAUUGUCUUGAUGGUGCAAGCUUCGCAAGGCAAGCCAAGCCUUUCGGCAGCUGCCAUCAACUCGGCAGUCCAGGACUUCGGAAUCAUCUUCCAGUCCCUGCCAAGCAGCAAUUGCCCCGGCGCCAGCAGAUAUCCAGACCAUCCAUCAGAGAUGGGCCAGCUUUGGCUCUCCAAGGCCUAUGGUCCAGGCGACCAGCCAGAUCUGCAGGACCCAUGCCUGGCUCCAUUUUUGAAGAAAGUGCCUCUUCGAAGCACCCAUGCUUCAUUGGCCGGCGGCACCAGGUGCAGGUCCAAGCGGCCUCCAGCGACACCUCAGGGCUCCACCUUAAGCUUCGACCAGGAGCUGGAAAUGCUGAAGCUGCGGCAUGGCAUCCAAGCCCAAGCAGCCACACAAGGCACAGCCACUCUGCAGGGAAGCCAAGGGCCCACCGCCGCAGCAACAGCAGUGUUGCCUUGGCUGUCGCCGCGAAGCAUGGUCCAGUCCCACAGCCAGAGUGCUGCCAGCACAACUGCCCCUGGCCAGGUCUUUGGCCAGAGCACAGCAUCUGCCGCUGCUUUGCCACUUCCUCCGGCAAGCCCGCCUCCUGAAGCCACGACCAGAGUCGAAGCAGCUCCCACGGAGACGACUGCCAAGGAAGACAGUGCCAAGCAGGACACGUGUAUAUUUUUGUUUAGUUUCCUUCCAUACUGCUUAUUCGGGGUUGUUCUGCAGCAUUCACCCUGCAAGGACGCCAAGACAUUGCAGGAGUACGAGCAGGAGCAGUUCCAGAAGCUGCUGGAUGCCAAGGCCGACAAGAAGAAGAAGGCCAAGGAGGACGGCCAGGCCGACCAGAAGCCCAAGAAACAGCAUAUGAAGCGGCCAGCAGCAGCCAUGUCUACCCGACAAAGCUCGGCGAACCAGGGCACCACCUGCAACGGCCAUGAGGCUGGCAAAGGUGCCACCGCCGCCAAAGGCGGCAGCACAAAGAUCCUCUACGGAUGUAUCCGCUGUCGUGGUAAUGUUAAGGGAUGCUCCAGUUGUUGGGACCCAAACUUUCGGGGCACCCGUCUCCACGGCCGCCAAGCUUGGAGGGAGUACAUCGAGGCCCACAAAGCCAACAAGGCCAUGAAGAAGGCUCCCAAGAAGUAG